AUGGGUAUGGCUGCGCAGUUAGUUCCGCCACGGCUUCUGUUCCGUCAGCUGUUUGAAAAGGAAUCGAGCACCUACACCUUCCUGUUGGCCGACGAAACCGCACCGAAGCGACCCGGCGUGCUGAUUGACCCUGUUGACUUGACCGUUGACCGCGACGUGCGGCUAGCAGAGGAGCUCGGAGUGACUCUUCGUUUCGCCCUCAAUACUCAUGCACACGCAGACCACGUGACUGGAACCGGCCUGCUAAAGAAACGGGUACCAGGCAUCAAGUCCGUCAUUUCGGCUGCAAGCGGAGCUCGCGCUGACGUGUUGGUGGGUCACGGUGACGUCAUACCCUUUGGAAGAUUUGGUCUCCAGGUUCGGUCGACUCCAGGCCACACGAAUGGGUGUGUGACGUACGUCUUGGUGGAGCGUGCCGAGACUGCAGUACCCUUUUCAGCAGCACUAGAGAACUCUCCCGAGGGCAAUGUUUGGAGGGAAAGCACUGGGGGCUUGUAUGGCCUGGGAAUUGCUGGGUUUUCCUUCGACAAGCUUAUAACGAGGAUGGCAUUCACUGGAGAUGCAUUGCUUAUCAGAGGAUGUGGACGGACAGACUUUCAGGAAGGAGAUGCUGCUCAGCUGUACCGUUCAGUCCACAGUCAGAUAUUGUCACUUCCACCGGACACGCUGCUGUACCCAGCGCACGACUACCAAGGCCGAACUGUUACAUCAGUGGAAGAGGAGCGAAAAUACAAUCUAAGGCUGACAAAGGGCGAGGAAGCAUUUAAGGCUAUCAUGGAUGGCUUGGGAUUGGCACCACCAAAGAAGCUCAAGGAGGCACUUCCAGCUAACAUGGCUGAUGGGGUGGUUGAAGAACAAAAUGCCACCAUUCUUGCUGCUUGA